CAAGUCCCACACUGAUCUUUUAUUGGUGAAGGAGCAAAAUUUAUUUGAUCAAUUGAAUCUGGUGAAGCGUGACACAAUAAGAACAUAAAGACAAUUCAUAAGUUAAUUUAAAAGCGUCUCAGUAACUUAUUAAGAGAGUGUUGUCUUUCUGUAGUUAAAAUUACUUUUAUUCAAAUUCAUAACUAUUUUUAGAAAAAUUUCUUUUUCUAAUAAAUCCCAAAAAAUGGAAACUUAUUUCACUAAUUUGGAAACUAUCGUUAAAGACAUGAAGGCGAUGGAUUUCAAUCAACUGACCGGAGUACUAACGAGGAAAAAAAAGCUAGAAAAUUCAUCGGAAUCAAAUUUAACCCGGUAUCUUUCAACACUGGAUCUUACAGCUUUGGGAGUAGGAUCAACACUUGGAGUUGGUGUUUAUGUUCUUGCAGGAUCUGUCGCCAAAGAAACUGCUGGUCCAGCUGUAGUUAUAUCAUUUGCAAUUGCUGCUGUUGCUUCAAUGUUUGCUGGUCUCUGCUACGCAGAAUUUGGUGCCAGAGUUCCAAAAGCAGGAUCAGCUUAUGUCUACAGCUAUGUAACAAUGGGAGAAUUUAUUGCUUUCCUCAUAGGUUGGACUUUAAUUCUCGAAUAUGUCAUAGGAUCUGCCAGUGUAGUUCGAGCAUUAAGUGUUUAUGUUGAUGCACUUUUUGAUAAUUCUAUGAGCCAUGCAUUUGCAUCAGCAGCUAAAUUCAACAUAAGUCAUAUUUCUCCAUAUCCUGACUUCUUUGCAUUUGGAACUACAAUAGCUUUUUCGGUGGCUUUAGCAUGUGGAGCUAAAGAAUCUUCGAUAGCUAAUAACUGCUUUACACUAGUUAAUUUAGCAGUCGUUCUAUUUGUGGUGAUUGCUGGAUCUCUAAAAUCUAACGUAUCAAAUUGGAAACUUCCAAUGGAGUGUACAAAAGCUCAUUGUCCCUAUGGAACUGGAGGUUUCGCUCCUUAUGGUGUUGUUGGAAUUAUUACCGGAGCAGCAAGAUGUUUUUAUGGAUUUAUUGGAUUCGAUUGUAUUGCAACUGCUGGAGAAGAAGCAAAAGAUCCUAGAAAAUCAAUACCAAUAGCAACUAUAGCAUCACUUACUGUGGUAUUUCUUGCAUAUUUUGGAGUCUCAGCUGUGCUGACAACUGUUCUACCAUAUUAUCAACAGAAUGCUGAAGCACCAUUUCCACAUAUGUUUAAUUACAUUGGCUGGAGUUGGGCAAAAUGGGUAGUAACAAUUGGAGCUAUUUGUGCUCUAUGUGCUAGUCUACUUGGAGCCAUGUUUCCUUUACCAAGAGUUAUUUAUGCUAUGGCUUCAGACGGUUUGAUAUUUAAAUGGAUGGGAAGAGUUAAUUCAAGAUUCCAUACUCCCAUAAUUGGAACUUUAUCUGCAGGUUUUCUUACUGGUAUUCUUGCUGCUAUCUUUGAUCUUGAUCAGCUUGCAAGAAUGAUGAGUAUUGGAACUCUUCUGGCUUAUUCCAUUGUUGCAGCCUGUGUUUUAAUUUUACGGUAUGAAGAAAGUGAAGCAUUCGAAAAAAAAUGUGAUAAAGAUCCUAGAACAUUCAAAUUUAUUGCUAUGCAAUUAAUUAAUGCUAAUAAUUUAGUAAUGUCAACAAAACUUACAUCUCAAAUAGUAUCUUGGCUUGUAUUUUAUUAUGUUCUUUUCUGCAUUGGAAUUACCGGAAUCGUUGCAGUUUAUGGAGAAGAAAUGAUUAAAGGGUCAACAUGGACCAGUUGGGUUGCUAUUGGAUUUGUUGUGGUUUUUGGACUUCUUCUUAUUCUUACAUUAAUAUUUAUUUAUUGUCAACCCGUUUCAGACAGGAAACUUACAUUUUCUGUUCCUUUGGUACCAUUUCUACCAGCUUUGAGCAUACUUAUUAACAUUUAUCUCAUGAUGAUGCUAGAUGGAAUGACAUGGAUACAGUUCGCUGUAUGGAUGAUAAUUGGAUUAAUUAUCUAUUUCUUCUACGGAAUUUGGAAUAGUAUACAUCGAUAAAAAGUAUAUAAUAUUUUUUUAAUUUUAAUCCAAGUAAGCUUUUUUUUUAUUCAACUUUAUGGCUCUAGUUAAGCAUUAAUUAUUUACAAUAAUUCAC